CCUGCCGCCGAGGACGCCUUCUCCGCGGAGGAGGAGACCAUUUUUGCCAUCCUGGGACCGGGUGUGGCGGGCCCAGGAGCUGGUGCAGGGGCCGAGCAGCCCCCAGCGGCCGCCUCCUCGCAGCCGCCGGCCCCAAGCGCCUGCGCCCAACGCUAUGUGUUGUCUGAGGACCGCAGGGAGGACCGACGGGCAGAUACACCAGCCCACAGCAAGGGGGGCUCCAGCAGCCCAGAGCCUUGGGCCCGGCCCUCCUGCAAUCCCCAGGAAGGGGGCUGCCAGCCACCCAAGGAGCGUGAGUCCUCGCCCCCGCCAGCCCCGCAGACCGUUCAGCUGCCCCGCCUGGCCUUGUCUCCACCACCCCCAGCCCCUCCACCACCACCACCAGCCCAGCCACCGCAGCAGGUCCAAGUGGCACCCUCGCCCCCCAGCCCCCCACCCCCUCCACUGCCUCCGCCUUCGGCCCCAGACCCCUCCCUGGACUUCCUACGGGCCCAGCAGGAGACUGCCAAUGCCAUCCGGGAGCUGGCCGGCACCCUCCGGCAGGGACUGGCCAAAUUGAGCGAGGCCCUCAGCGCUCUGCUGCCCCUAUUGCCAGGAACCCCAGCUGACCCGCUGCCCCCACCUCUGCCCCAACCCCCACCCCCGCCUCCACUCCCUAGGCCUGUCCUGCCCCCACCCUCCCCCAAGGUGGAGGUCACCCCAGAACCAGUGUCCAUGGUGGCUGCUGUCGUGGAUGGGGCCAUGGUGGCAGCCAGGGGGGUGAUCAUUGCUCCUAGGAGUGAGGAGGGGGCCCCCCGGCCGCCCCCAGCCCCCCUCCCUCCCCAUGAUUCCCCCCCACACAAGAGGAGGAAAAGCUUCCCUACACGGAAGAGGCGGGGGCGAUGGAAAUCUCCAUGAAAUCAGCUCUUGGGCUAGAAGCUUGUCUGCACACCUUCUGCCUGCACCUCCUCCCCCAGCUUAGCCCUGUGGAGGAGGGCAAUGCACCUUCUCCAUUCCAGCUGCACCCUGGCUCCCUGCUGCAGGGGCACAAGAGAGCCCACUCCCUGUACUAGUUAGUGCCUGAUUCUGGGGGGACUUCCUUGAUGAGCCCCCCAGCCCUUUCUCCAAUACGGCGCUGUCUGCCUGGCUGCUUCCUUUAACCCUGACUUCUAAGCCAUCGAUCUUAUGUUAUUUAUUAUUGCCCUUUGUGGGUUGCGGAGGGAGCCUCUUGGAUCUGCACAUCCCCCCUCCCCUAACUCCUGGCCUUGACUUGAAGAGAAUUGACCCACCUCCCCAACCCAGACUUUGGAGGGGGUGGGGGUUGCAAGACAAAUCAGAAUAUGGAUGAAGAGGAUACUGCAGUCUGUACCCUAGGAAGAGGGGGGUGGAGUCUUGCUGGGGAGGUAUAGGUUGAACCUUCUGCCUCCCAUUGCAGUCUCUGACCUCCAGAGCUCAACCUCCUCCAUUCUCUCCAGUGGUGACAAGAUAUCAAUAAACUUAUUUUUAAUACAAUUACUUGGA